AUGGUUGACCGAAAUUGUCGACAAGGCAGCGAAACAAUAGAGCGGGUUCCGAACUCUCUCGGUGGAGCACGGGUCACGACGGUGCCAGCUGCAGGUCGACGUAUUCUUGGCGACUCGACCUCGAACACGCCAGCUCGCGGCCGAAUCGGGUCGACACGGCCGCAGAACGCGGUCCCUGGUCGAGACGACGAGGUCGGAGGAGCAGAUGUUCGUGCUCACGCCUGUGUGAAGCCUGCAUUCAUACACCUGGACAUGGACGAGUCGACCCCUUCCGGCUGGCACAUGGAAGGACGGGGCAGGGCAGGGCAGGGCAGGCCUCGGCCAGCCGGGUGCUCUGCCCUCUUCGCCCUCGCUCUCGCUCUAUGUGAAACUCGGUCGAUGAUGGCUCGUUGCCUGAUGCUCGCCUGA